CUCGGAUACAAUCUUCCAAUCUUGAAACCCUUGCCAUCAAAACAAAACACAACCUCAUUUCUCUUUCUUGUUCUGUCUCUGCAUGCCAUUCCAUUUUGCAAGCUGUAAAAAUAGGUAAUGCCUUAGUUAGCCUUCACCCCACCACACCUUAUUAUUCCUUCUCCCACAGACAAAUGGCUUCAGCUUAGCUGCCAAAAAAGAGAGAAACUUCCUUCUUUCCUUCUUCACAAAGCUCCCUCCUCUCAACAUUGGCCUGGUAUUGAGGUCUUUCUCAAAGCUCCAAACUUUCAUCUACCCUUUUCAUCGAAUGGUCCCCUCUUUCCAAAAUUUCUUGCAAUGUCACAUUUUUCUCUUCUGGGUUUGGUGUUUUUGCAGGCAUGCCAGGAAGACUAUUAUAACUGCUGCUGCUAUGGAUUUUGGUUUUGAAGCUUUGAGCUUGUGAAAAGGGAAAAAGGGGAGACCUUUGGUUUUGUUUAAGGUAUUUAAAUACUAAUUAGACAAUAUAUAAUAGUAUCAAGAAUGCCAGUUCCUCUUGCACCUUAUCCAACUCCACCAGUUGCUCCAUACAAUCCCCCACCAGCUCCUCCUCCAGCUGCUGCUGCUGCUGCUAAUGGUGGACAAAGCCAGCUAGUGUGCUCUGGAUGUAGAAAUCUGCUGCUUUUCCCAGUUGGGGCAACCUCAGUUUGCUGUGCUGUCUGCAAUGCAGUCACUGGAGUUCCUCCUCCUGGCACAGAGAUGGCUCAGCUGGUAUGUGGAGGCUGCCACACUUUGCUCAUGUACAUUCGUGGUGCGACAAGUGUCCAAUGCUCAUGCUGCCACACUGUCAAUUUAGCCCUGGAAGCAAAUCAAGUGGCACAUGUGAACUGUGGGAACUGCAGGAUGCUGCUGAUGUACCAGUAUGGAGCUCGAUCUGUCAAAUGCGCAGUCUGCAACUUCGUUACAUCAGUUGGAGCCUCAGUAAGCACCACUGAGCAGAAAUUCAGCACUGCUUGAUCUUGUGGUCUCUCUUGAGACUUUUUUCUAAGUACUCGUCGACAGCAAUUGAAUAAAAAAGCCAGUGGCGCGGAGCAAAGAGAACUUCAACUCCAAGUCACAAUGUAUAGAGUUGAUUUCCACCCCUUUGUUACUUCCUUUUAAAUAAACCAGUUUUGGUGUGAAGUUGUCUUCACUAUUGAACUGUAUGUUAUAACUGCUAUCAGAAAGUUUAUAAUGUUGAGAUAAGGAGGAGGUUUCUGUUCUGGAAAGACCUGACUGUUCAAUGGCUUGGAAGUUACAUAGAAACAUAUAGUACUACUGGUGGCCCAAGACAGAUAUUUGGGAACAGAAAGACAAAAGUUCUGAGAAAAAAAGGGUCUUUGUGGUUGAAAGCAAAAGAAGAGAGCUUUUGUGAUGAAAACCAUAGGAAUUUUUGUGUCAGGGAGAUCACUUUCAAAAUCCUGAAAGAAUCUUAAUCUAUGUCAUUAUCAUAGUUUUCCUCUGUCAAGUUUUAGGUUAAUGGUGGUUUAUCUAGUCUUGUAUGUCACCUUUUGAGUGCCUCAGUUUCUGAAGUCUGGUCAAUCAGUUGUAUGUAGAAUUGAUGUCAUGCUCAAUAACUACCUUGUGAUGGAGGAUUCACCUGUCACUAGACAUGUCUGAAAAUUCAAUUUUCUCCCAUGGUUUCGAUCUGUAAAUCUUACAUCUCCUUGUACUCGAGACAUAGAAUGGACGAGAUUAAUCAAUAUGAUCGAAUCAAAUUGGUAAACGACGGAUCAACACUAUACAUGUAAAUCAUCAAAAGCAUACUUACCGAGCAUGGCAGAAAGUUAACUGAUUUAGAUGAUGUAAUUUCUCACAGACAAAGACUAUGCAGCAACAUGGUAUCAAAAGGAAGCACUAAGUUGGAGUGGGGGAAUGGUAUAUUCUUCUUUCUGGUGCUCAUCCAAAAGAGAAGCUGAUUCCCUUUGCCAUUAUUGAAAUCCAAAGGAAGGAACUUUGUUCUGUGGUGGUCUCUUUCUCAGCCAGGACUGAAAGCAAGAAAGGUUGUCCCCAAUUUGGAACUGUCUUCAUGUACUACACUGUUUUGUCAUGGUUCCUAAAGGGCUCUCUCUCACACUUAUCAGAGUCCAAAUGGGGGCCAUAUGGAUGGAGACCUUAUAAAUUGUAAUGUAUCAUUCACAAGUAAGAAAGCUGAGUGAGUGAGUGAAUGGUUUGUGCCUGCCAAAAGUCUGAUGGAAAUCCUCACUUUUCUGCUUCUAGUGUUGUAUGUAUGUAUUAUCUUGUCCAUGUUGCCGCAUCCAAGCUGCCCUUCUCAAUUGGCAGUAUUGUUCUAUGUCAUCACUUGCUAGCUCGAUGCUUCUAACGCGAGUUUCUCCACUCAAUAGGAAAACUCAAGGCCAUUUCAAUUAUAUAAAGUCAAAAUUCGAUUCGUCAAAAUAAUAGGAUGUAUCAGAUGUUAAUUGAUUUAUGUGGAACCUGAAAAAGUAAAAAAAAAUAGAAGAUUACAAUAGACAAAUAAAGAUUGACGUGUCUCGAAAAUUGUAACAUGAGACUACACGACGCCUUGCCAUCCUCUAAAGUAAAGCAACAAAAAGACG